AUGCCGGCGCGCUCCAAGGGCACGUACCGCCUCACGGAUUUUCACAUUGAGCGCACGCUCGGGACGGGCAGCUUCGGGCGGGUGCACCUCGUGCGGAGUCGACAUAACAUGCGGUAUUAUGCGAUCAAAGUGCUCAGCAAGGAGAAGAUCGUGCGGACGAAGCAGGUCGAGCAUACGAACAACGAGCAGGCGAUGCUCGAGAUCGUGCAGCAUCCGUUCAUUGUCAACCUCUGGGGCGCGUUCCAGGACUGCGCGAAUUUGUAUAUGGUCAUGGACUUUGUUCCUGGUGGGGAGCUGUUUACGCUGCUUCGCAAGUCUGGAAGAUUCCCUGAUGCUGUUGCAAAGUUCUACUCGGCCGAAGUCGCGCUGGCCCUUCAUCACCUUCACUCUCGGGAUAUCAUCUAUCGUGAUCUGAAACCCGAGAACAUCUUGAUCAACCACGACGGCCAUAUCAAAAUCGCAGACUUUGGGUUCUCGAAGAUGUGCGACAACACGACUUGGACGCUGUGCGGUACGCCUGACUAUCUUGCUCCCGAGAUCGUUCGGCAACAACGGUAUAACAAGAGCGUCGACUGGUAUGCGCUCGGUAUCCUCAUCUACGAGAUGCUCUGGGGCUACCCUCCCUACCACAUGGAGGAGCGGAACCACUUCCAGCUGUACGAGAUGAUCCAGCAGGGGCCGCGGUGCAUACGGCGCUGGCCCGCUUUCGAGCGGUGGGCGACGGACCUGAUCCUGAAGCUCAUGGACGAAGACCCGACGCGUCGACUCGGCAACAUGAAACACGGUGCGCGGGACGUGUUCGCGCAUCCGUGGUUCAAGGAGGUCAACUGGGAGCAGCUGCUCCAGCGUACGAUUCCAGCGCCGUAUGUGCCGAGGAUAUCGAGGGCGGGAGAUGCGAGCGCAUUUGAGCUUUACCCUGAAGAUAACGCGACCGCCAUGUAUGGGAUUUCAGCUCCGGACCCGUACGGCGUUGACUUCCCCAAUUUCGAGCACACAUCCCCCACGCCUUGA